CUGCAGGGCCACAGGCCACUGGAUGGCGUGGAGCGCAUGCUUGUGGUCGGCUGUUUGUCUGUGUGAAGCUGGCAUGGCCUCCCCUUCCUCUGCAUCUGUUCCCCAUUAGCCGAGCCGAGAGUAUAAAGCAGGGAGCUGACUGCGGCUGGGAUCAGUCUACUUCCUGCCUGGAUCAUGGGGUUUGCUGUGUGGCUGUGCGCGCUGUGCCUGCAGGCGAGUCUGCUGUCGCACGCCUUGGACUGCUCCGGAGCGAGCCGGGGCGAGCUGUGCGUCGGCGGACAGACCGCAGACAGAAAGCAUGAUGAUCAGAGAGCGCUACCUGAGAGGCUGGAUUUGUUCAGACGUAAGAGGCAGCUGGAGCAGAGGGGUCCCACCCAGCUGAGUCACACCAGCCUGCCGGGAGCCGUCUCCGUCAAGGGCUUCCCUAAUGCUCUCAUCCAGGCUGAUCGGUCCAGGAGACACUUGACUCAAGCUGUGAAUAAGAGGAAGAGCAAGCGUAAAACCCGCCGCCCCGGCACCUUCUCCCUCCUUAGCCACGACUUCAACUCCACCCCCCUACAGGUGACCAGAGUGAGGAGACAAGUGAAGCUUGAUCCACCAAAGAGAGGGAAGUCGGGUCGUUCUGGAGCGUUCUCCGUCUUGGGAGAUCCACAGGCUGAUGGGCAGAGCGACGGAAUCAAAAUGACCGUGUAGACGUCGGGUGUUGCAGGAUGGGAUGUCCUGUCCGUUUCUCAAAUCCUAACAAAGAGUGGGCACAGGAACAAUAAAAAGUAGAGUAAACCAGGGCUGCUUUAAAACCUUAAUAUGCUAGUUUAGUUUCUGACGUGAGGCUCUGUGGAAAGGUUGAGAAUAAUCAAUAUGUUACCUGUUGUAGAUAACUCUUUGAGCAGCGUGACUUUAGAGAAAUGGAGUUAAAUUUUGACCUGAUGAUGAGCUAACGGCUAGUCUGAGGAG